AUGCUGAUGAUUGGAAAUGGAUCAGAAGACGAAGAGUCGAAGGAAGGAAGUGACGAUCGACCAACUCCGAAGCUUGCAUGGAUCGACGAGGACGGUGUCCGUGCGGAAGCUGUUUUGGAUUACGCGGUUAACACUGGCGAGGAUGCCGACUUACCAACCACGUAUGCUCAGGCAAUCGCUUGUGACGAAGCAGAAAUUUGGCACAAAGCAAUGAACGCUAAGCUUCGUUCACAUGAACAUAGCCAGACCUGGACACUAAAGCCACAGAGUGUGAGUGAUCGCACCUUUGGAUCGCGAUUGGUAUUUUCCAAGAAACGUGAUUAG